GCAGCCAUAGACAAUCAACAAAUGAAAAUGUCCGUCGUAAAAGAUGUUCUAAUUUUAUUUGUGAAUGUGUAACAAUCCUAGCUUGCAAUGUGAAUUAUUUCGUAGUGUUUAAAGUCUUAAAUAAAAGUGCAUAUUAAUCUAUAAUAAUGAUUGUUCAAGAGCCUAUACAGGUGAUCGUUUGGGAUUGUCUCAAUAAUUAUGAAUACGACAAUGCUAUAUUCUUGGCAGAGAGAUUACACGCCGAAGUUUCAUCAGAGGAAACAGCAUUUUUGCUGGGAACAUGCUAUUAUAGAACUGGACGGGUGAAUGAGGCGCAUCAUUUACUUCAAAAUUGGCCACUAUCAUUACCACAGGCUCGAUUUUUAUUAGCAAAAUGUUCAAUAGAACUAAAAUUAUACAAGGAUGCAGAAAGUACUUUAGGCUCAAAUCUAGAUAUAGUGGCCUCAGAGUUUGGGGAUCAGGCUCCUUUUGCUCUACAGCUUCUUGCCAAAAUCUACAACAUUACCGAAAGGAGAAGUAAAGCAGCAGAGGCUCAUCGGAAAGCAUUGUCAUUAAAUCCAUUCAUGUGGAAAUCAUUCGCACAACUUUGCAACAUGGGCGAAAAAAUUGAUCCACACCAAGUAUUUCAAAUGAACAACACAGAGUUUUCGUUUGGUGUGACGACCCUAAUGAAUCUAGUCAGCAAUUCUGAGAAUAUUUCAGUUGUUAACACCAACAUUCCUAACAAUAAUACUAGUUUAAAUACUAACGUCACACCUAACAAUGUGUCCGCUCGGACUCCUAUGACUAUGUCUACAAGCAUUACUCCUGAAACUCAAGCACCCAUGAAAAGGAUGCAUAGCAUCUUUAGCGGUAUGGCGCCGAUACCUUUCUCUCCGUCUUUCGGCAUGUUACCAAUGGAAGAAUCUCCUGUUCUGUACACACCAACACUCACUGACUCUAAUGAGCAAAAGGCUAUACCCAAGAUAGUGAAUUCACUUCGAGCCCAGAUGUCGGCAGUAUUCAGUCCAGCGCCCAGAUGUUUAGGUCCAGCGCCUCGUCGGUCGUCCAGGUUAUUUAGUAAUAACAAUAGUAGCUACUCGGUCAAAGAAAAUAAUAAAUCGCCAAGCAGAAAAUUCGUAGCGCCCAAAAGCCCAUCUAGGAAAAAUAAGCAACGUGUCGCCAAAAAUAUUAAGACAAAUACGGUCGAAACCAAUGAGAGGAAUAAAAAUGUAGAAACGGUGACACCCACCAUGACGCCAAAGAAUUCAAAUGGUGUGGCGUUGUUAAAUUUGUUGAAAGAAUUAGGUAAAGCUUAUAAGGCUCUUUCGUUUUUGGAGUGUAAAACUGCUAUCAAAUUGUUUCAAGAAGCUCCGCCUAAACAAUUAGCUUCUCCUUGGGUGCAGACAAUGAUAGCACGUGCCCAUUAUGAAUUAGCGCAGUAUGAAGCUGCUGCCAAAAUUUUCGCCGAGAUUAGAAAACAAUAUCCGACUCGGUCGGAGGGCAUGGAUAUCUAUAGUACGUGUCUCUGGCAUUUACAACGUGAGGCACAACUGUCAGCAUUAGCUCAAGAUCUAGUAGAAUUAAAUAGAACCGACCCGAUUGCGUGGCUAGCGGCCGGCAACUGCUUUUCACUUCACAAAGAACGUGAAACUGCGCUCAAAUUCUUCAAACGCGCUGUACAGAUCGACCCCGACAUAGCAUACGCCCACGCGUUAUUGGGUCACGAGUAUGCAGUGGCGGAGGAGAGCGAUAAAGCGCUGGCCAGCUUCAGGACCGCUGUGAGCAUUGAUCCUCGUAAUUACGUGGCUUGGUUCGGCAUAGCUACAGUUUAUGCGAGACAGGAGCGUUGGAAAGCGUCGGAAGUUCACAUUCGGCGUGCUCUCACUAUUCACCCUCACUCGGGCGUGUUGAGAUGCCAACUCGGCCUCGCCCAGGCAGCAUUGGGCAAGAUGGACCGCGCACUCGCUACACUAGAACGCGCCGUGGCGUUGGAUACCGAGAAUCCGCUGUGUCGGUUUCACAGAGCUUCGGUCCUCUUGCGGGCUGGAAGGCCACAAGAUGCACUUGCUGAUCUCCAUCACUUGAAAGAUAUUGCUCCAAGGGAAUCGCUGGUUUAUUAUCUACUGGGGAAAGUUCAUAAUAAGUUAGGCAAUUCCCAUUUAGCAUUGAUGCAUUUCAGCUGGGCUACAGACCUAGAUCCCAAAGGUACCGGUGGCCAUAUAAAAGAUGGUUUUGACCCCUCCAAGCAGGAUGAUCCUCCAGAGCGAUCGACAUAAAUUGUAUGACAUAUGUAAAAGAUUGAAUAUUGUGUUGGACUGCGCGAUGGCACAGCAGUCAUUGACUUAUUAUUGUAAAUAUCGCGCGCACCCGCCGGGCUCCCAAUCGACACCAAAUUCCCUUCCAAAUGAUAGCUUUACGGAGUUUGAUGGGUGUUGUGAUGGCAUUUAGUCGCUGUAGAAAUAAGGGCGCUGUGGAAAUGUUUAUAUAGGGUAAGAAGUGGAUUUUCCUAGACACUAAUUAUUUUAAAGAAAUAAUAUUUAUAAAUAAAACAACCUUUGUGUAGCAAGGGACUAAUGUCUAUUAUACUUGUUAGGUUAGUUUUACCAAUUUAUUUAAUCGACGUAAUCUGGCAGUAGCCUUAUUUCUUUUUUACGUUAUUAUGUAAAUAUAUGGCUACACGGCUACACGCCAACAGACAAAAAUGAUAAUCGCAUUUAAAUAAUCAUAUGAGAUUCGAAUAGGAAUUAGGGGUUUCUUUUUAUUAAAAAUAAAGAAAAGAACAUUUUAUCAUUCGAAACCUAUUUAUGCAAAUGUCUAGCAGAAAAAUCGGUGUAAAAUUAUGUAUUAUUUGAAAUUUUAUUAGUUGGUUUGAGUCGUAAAGUUACUUCUAUUUUGUUAACCUUCUCUUUUGUAUAUUUUUGUUUUCUCAGAUGUGUAAACAUUUUAGCAUACGCUUAUAAAUAUUAUUUCUUUAAAAUAAUUUGAUUACUAGGGUUUCCUAGUUAUUAUAUAUUAUAUAUAUCUUGUAUAGCUAAUAACUCUAGAAUGGUAAUUAGGAUUUUUAAAGAGUUGAUGCCUACCAAGAUCUACGAGACGCAGGGCCUUGAUCUCAAUGGAAAGUUCUUUAAUCAAUUAUUCAAUAUAAAAAUCAUUGACUUUGAAAAUAAAUAGUAUAAAUGCCAUAGUUACGUGAUAUCGGACUUACUGUUAGUUAUUGAUGUUCCCUUUGUUUCCGUACACUUUUUUUUGUAUAAAUCAAUUUCUUAUUGUAAAACCGUCGAGUAUUGGUUUGAUCACAUCUGACUCGCAUUAUCGUCCGUCAUAUUUUCUUUCUUAUUCGCUCUAGUUAAUGAUCGUUCUGAGCAAAAGAAAAGGAAAGCAGCAAAUGGAAAUAAUGAACAGCUUCUACCAGAUGUGGUCAAACCGUAAAGGAUUUCGAUCGCCGGCGGUCUCCCGCCGGCUGUUUCUCUUGUCAAUCAUGUUAGAAUAUAAAAUAAAAGAUAUUACCCAAACUUUGAAAUAAAUAAUGCAUGUAGACAUUUUAAUUCGAUAAUGACGAAAAUAUACCUUUGAGCUUUGAAUGUUAGACGUGCCCGAAUUAUAUGAAUCUUCAUCAACUGUUGAAUAAUAAUCAUGAAAUUGCAAUGUAUUAUCCGGUCUUAGUUUGUAGUGGACAAAUUCGUUUUGUAUGUACAUAACAAUAGCACAGUUUUGUCAUUUCACAUCACCAAUGAAAACUUACUAGCUCUGUGGACAGACUUAUUAGACCACCUAUAACAUGUAUGAAUUUAUUGAAUAAAAAACAGAUGUAAUAUUAA